UGCUAUUGUACGUACCCUUACCAUACUACUACUACUACAGGAGUUCUGGCUUGUGCGAGGAACCUUCCUGGAACGUCUCAACUACUUGUUUUUGGAAAUCUAAUGGACUAUAAGCCCUCAGAUUCGAACACAUUAUUAAUAUUUGUUCUUCUUUAGUAGAGUCGCACCUGCUUGUUGCAACAUGAGGUAUUUGGAUCAGAGUUUAGGUGACUACUAGUAGUACUAUCAGAGAGAAUAGCAGUUGGUAGGUUACUUGCCUCGCAGGGCAGGAUAGGACCGUUAUUUGCUGAUGCGUAACUAAGGUCCAAUCUUUCGAAUACCGCCACAGACUGCACCCUUUCUGCAGCCCUGACCUAAAAUGCCUUUAGACCUGUGAUGUGUAUUAAUUGGAUGUAACCCUGUGCAUCUCGUGGCGCAUAAUCCUCAACAGCCUGCCUAUUACCCGCGCGCGUGAAUCGUUAAAACGUGGCGAGAUGUCACACUUUAUUUAGCCAAUUUCAACGGCUAAACUGGGCAGUACUUUCGACGAACUCACAUUUGAAUGAAUUCAGCAGUAACAGCCGACUGUCUCAUUUCAUCCCGUGAAGAAACUGAUGAUGACGGAGAACAGCGAGAUGGAGACCGAGACGCAGCUCCAGCGCUCGCCAAGCAACAUGUCCAUCACACCGGUGUCAAAGCUCCAGCGUCUGAAGCGCUCCCUCUCCUUUAAGACCCUGAUGCGCAGUAAGAGUGUGGAGAACUUCUUCCAGAGGUCCUACAGUGACGCCCGUCUCCCCCCUGACUUCAUCACCGACCCGCCACCCCCCUCCCCGCCCCCUGGCUCUCCCCUCGCCAGUGAACGCUCACCCUCCCUCUCUCCGUCACUCAGCCCCAACCCCUCCCUCUGCUCCCACUCCCCGUCUCUAAGCUCCUCCCCCUCGCUGUCUUCCAAGGCCCCGCCCCCACCCCACCUGACGCAGGUGACCCACUGCUUCCAGGAACACGUGUUCCGCAAGCCCACCCACUGCCAGCUCUGCAAGCACCUGAUCGUGGGUAACUCUAAACAGGGUCUUCGGUGUAGAACCUGUAAGAUGGGUGCUCACCUGUGGUGCACCUCAGAAUUGUCCCAGCAGCCCUGCAAUGGAAAGUCUGGGGUCGGGGUGUUCAAGCGGAACUUCAGCUCUCCCAUGCUGGUCAACGAACAACUGGCUGUCGUCAAGGAGGUGCAGCCCACCCAAGGGGCAGGCCGGGGGCGUGGGGUGGACCCUAUUUACGCAGCCCUGCGCUAUGGGACGUCCCUGGCACAGAUGAGCCACUCCAGUUUUGGGAGCGUGUCCGAGUCACCCACGCACAGCCAGGGUGAAGGAGGAGAGGAGGGGGAGCAGAGGCAGUACAGCAUGGAGGAGGAGAUGCCACAGGAGACAGGGGAUCUGCCUCCGUGUGAAAACGAGAAGGCUGAACCAGAGGGUGGGGGCAGCGAGCAGCUCCAGGAGCCUGUAGAGGAAACCAGUGUGAAGGUUCCCAGGCGUAUUGAGGUUCACUCCAUCCACACGUAUGUAGCGCUCUUCAAGUUCCUGCCUCAGGAGCACAACGACCUCGGACUAGAGCCUGGUGAUCGGGUGCUGGUCACUGAUGAUUCUAAUGAAGAGUGGUGGAAGGGAAAGAGUGGAGACAAGGUGGGCUUCUUCCCUGCUAACUUCGUUCAGAGGGUGCGCCCAGGGGAGAGGGUGUGGAGGGUCACCCAGCCUGUCCCUGCCAGCCGAGGGAUGGGCCACAUGCCAGUGAAGGAGGAUCAGAUCUGUGUGGGGAAGAGUGAGGACAGUGAGGGUUUCCUGAAGCUGAGCAGUGGGAAGAAGAGAGGACUGGUCCCUGCUAAAUCCAUUGAGGAGAUCUAACCUCUGUCUCAACACCAGCCCCCCGUCUCUCUCUCUCUCUUACCUGUAACCUCCCCACACACCCCUGAGGAGGACCAGCCAGUCCGGGGGUCCCCCAACACCACCAUCGUGAGGCACACCACCCUACUAAACUGAGUGGGGAGCCGUGAUAGUUCAGCUUGUGAAUUCCAGGUGUUGUGGAGGAUGCCUCAGCUUUAUCCUUGCUGACCUUGUCUCCUCCACCCCAAUGUAGCUGACAACCCAGACUUGAAAGGGUUGGCUUCCCUUCCACAGUGGGUUGGCCUAGGUGUUGUGGAGGACUAUCUAAGACCCCAGUACCCCAUGUUUUCCUGCUGUAAUGUACCUUAGUCUAUUAGUGAGCUGGGUUGGUCUGUAGUCCACACCACAGGGGUAAGAGUUUUAGGACUGAAGGACUGGCUGCUGUGGACUCCAGUAACUUCCCUCAGGAUGGAAGGAGACUAUUUUCUGUCUGAUGAGUCUGGUCUCUCUGUGUGUGAUUUGACCAGUUCUUUUUCACUGUCCUCUAUGGCUGGAUAUCACGAGGCUGAAGAAUGCAGGAUUAAGGCCGUCGCACACUAUACAGUCGAAACGUGGCACGUUCUGUUUCGCGCAUAUAUAAUGACUCAAAGGUGUGCCGUUUUUGUUCGUUUUGGUGUUUGGCAGGUUUUUUUUUUUUUUUGUCUGUUCGCUCACACAACAUUUUUUAUUGGGGCAAGUUGAAGUUCAGUAGCCGACGUCUACGCCCUUUCGUCUGUCAUUGGUCAACUGUAGUGUUUUCAAAUGAAGGUCCUUUAAGGGCGUAUGAGAGCACAGUCGUGCGCGGACACCAAGCCGAGUUCUGCCAGGAGCAAACAGAACCUAGUAUUAGUAUAUGUUGCCUUAAUCAGGAGGAUGUACUUGUGUUGUGUGUGGGGGUAAUGUUCCUGGUCACUGCAUGGAAGAAAACAUUUGUUCUUUCUCUGAUGAACUAGAACAAGUGUCACACUCCUGAUGGCAGCAUCACAGAUGGACGCCCACUAUGAUCACAGUCAUUCAUUAAAGAGGUGACCGUGAAGGAGAUAAUUGCAUGCUGAAGGAGGCACUUGUUUCAAUGUCGGUCUCAGUGAGAUGUUCAAGAUACCGCCGAUGGUUGUAGGUUUCGGUGCUCGCGUUUUCUCUCCCCUGUUCCUUUGGUCCACCUUCUCUCUCUCUCUGUCGCUCUCGGUCUCUCUCUCUCUCUCUCUCUGUCGCUCUCUCUCUUUCUCUCUCGGUCUCUCUCUGACGCUCUCGGUCUCUCUCUGACGCUCUCGGUCUCUCUCUGACGCUCUCGGUCUCUCUAUCUCUCCUUCCCUCUCCCAUCUUUCUCAGCUAUCACAUUGGUCCCUUGGCUGGGAUUUGACUUCAGCUUAAUUUAGACUGGCACAGAACUUAACUGCUCUGCAAGGACGGAUGGACGGGCAGGUGGGUGGGUGACACUGGGCAGAGUACACCCUGCUCAGACCGACCAGACAGCCAGCAGAGGACAGGACAAACUAGGUCUAUUUCGACACACACUCUCUCAGAUCCUGACUCACUGGCUGACUCACUGACAUUUGACCUCGCACUUGGCAGGUUCCAGUAGGUCAUGGAUGUAAGCCACGUCAUUCUAUUGUACAGGUCAACCAGUCGCACACUUCAGAGAAUGUGUUUUUCUAUGUCCUAUUUAUGAAAAAUACAAGAGACAACAUUAGAUUGGGGCGGUGAAUACUUACAUAAAUACUUCAGUGUUUUUUGUUCUCUCCCUCAGUAGUGUUUGAAUAGCCUAGACUGUAGAAAACAUCUAUGAAUAGAGACAUUGUUUUUAAAAAAAAAGAAGAAACAAAUGGAGCAACAACACAUUUUUUUUAACUGCUCUAAAUUUGUUUCAAUUUUCUGGCCAAUUUAGCAGACGGGCACUGAGGAGCCGUGGAAGACUUGGGAAGUGUUUUCGUGUCUUUUGACUCGUCUGUUUGGUUCACCGCUGGUAAACAAACAACAGCCAAGAGCCAGUCGGCUGGAAAACCACAUAAACAGACCUUGUAAGUGUGACCACCGGACAUGGUCCCGCUGGUCUGAGGGACAGGGAGCGAGGGAUAUGGAGGGACAGGGAGCGAGAGAUAUGGAGGGACAGGGAGCGAGGGAUAUGGAGGGACAGGGAGGGAUGUAGACAAAAGGGGUUGACCCAGGUGUUGAACCAUCAUGAAUCAAUGUGUCUGUAUGCAGGUUUCUUUGUCUAUGGAUGACCAAUUCAACAUUGAUCAAAUGUCAGUCCAUCUCUCUCUCUCUCCAUUCCCCACUCGCUUUCCCUCUGUCUCUGACACUAUUGGGCAUUUUUGCUGCUAGUGGGAAGGGUGGCUGGAUUGUUCUUUGUAGAUGUAAGCAUGUUUAAUGAUAGGAUAAUGGGUUGGAUUUCAACGUUUCCAUAAUGUACUGAUCAUUUAUUGAUUUAGACAGAUAUCUACUUGCUGAGUUGCAGCACGUAGCGGUCACACUGUUGGCAUUAACGGCCAAUAACAUGUCCCCUCCCUCUUCCUGUAGUAUAAGAAUGCAGUAUAUACAGUAAGUCAUCGGAAGUGUAAAAUAAGUACGAUGAUGAACAUAUUGGGUGCGUUCGUAAAUUCAAUCUGGAGUGCCAGAGUGCGCUCUGGGCGUUCGUAAAUUCAGAUUGUUGUCAGAUUGACAGUCAAGCACCCAAGCUAACUUGCUAGCUACUUACAGACACGAAUGAGAGAACACCUCACUCUGACCAGUUUACUCGCCCUAGCAGAGCUGGUUAGGCUGUUUUCAUGUUAUCCAGAGUGUUGGUGACUGUAACUGUUCUGCCGGCAACAAUUUAAUUACGCUUUCUUUGCCGACGUUUACUGACGCCGGCCAUAUUCAACGGGUGUUGCGUGUUCGUAAAUUCAUCAUUUAUGCUCUGGCACACUGACGAGAGUGCUCUGAAAUCAGUGUAGAUAGGCAGAGCGAACUUACGAACGCACCCAUUAUUUCAUGUUUUGUUCCUCACAUUGUGCAUGAUAAUAUGAUCAUCUUUGCGUCUAUAUCCUCUGUGUGUGUGGAUGGAUGAAGUUUCACAGACUGUGAUGAAUAUUGUAUUUUCCUUCCAUUGGGUCCAUGUGUUCCUAUGUGUAGCAAGGACUUCUCUGGUCCUCACAGUCCCAGACCAGGAGCUAACAAGACCACAGUAUAGUCACUGGGUGUAUAACUGGAUUAAUUGUUCGUUAGCUUAUUCUCUACCGAAUUUUCACAUAAGAUGUACAUUAUCGGUGUGUUCAUGUAGACUUAAGAGUCUGUCACCCUUUGUGGACCCUGUUUGAGUCACUCUUCGUGUAGCAUUUCUGUGUACAGGCCCUGACCUCGUUUCCCAGUUGCGAUGUAACUUAAGCAUUACGAUGAUUUGACCAACUUUUUAAAGAGCUACUUCCUCUGAAAUGUUGGUCAUAAAUGGUAUGUCACCGAAUGAAGGGUACAGGAACAGUUUUUCAUGUUUUAUUUUUUAUAUCUUGCCCAUAGAUAGCAGCACACAAGUAAUCAUCUAUUCAAAGCGACGCUGCACGCGACCUGAUCAUAAUGCCCAUGGUCAAUUUGGUUUGACAGUCAAUAUCCCUAUGGGGCAAGUUAGGGACCGUCAGUAAAUUACACAAUUUUGGGACAAUAUUUUAAAACUUUAAUAGCUCCAAAUUUCAAUGACUUAAAAAACUCAAACCAAUUGUAAAAAUUAAUAUACAAAUAUUGCAAGCAUUUAACCUUUUACUGCAGUGGGCUAAAUCAGGGUCACACAGAGUGUUUCUUGGUCGUCUUAAACAAAUCUGCGUAGAAACAAAGUAUACACCUCACACACAUGGUUAUGGGCUUAAAAAUAAGAAGACGCUUUUACCUUGUCAGAUAUAGAGUUGAAAUGUAUUCCAUUUUGAGUUUGCAUCCCAAUAUUACACGCUAUAUACAUCACAGAAUACUGAAAUGUAACAACACUUUUUGAUAUAGAAACAGAAUUUUCAGAAGUUUUUUCAAAAUAAUGUUGAUUUAUUGUGAAAUUAUGAAAAAAUAUGAAUAACAUUCCACUCAUGAGGCCACUAGGUAAUUUGACUGCAUGAAAGAGCUACUGAGACAAAAUAAUAAUAUGCAACAUGAAAAUAUUGUCCCAUUUACAUUUGUGUGAUUUAUUGAUAUCCGUAACUAUCCCCAGAGAUAGGCUGUCCAAAGUCAAACCAUUUUUUUCCCCGAUUAGCUGAAGCUGAUUGGCUAAAUAAUUUGGCUAACUAUUCCCACCUGCGAACACACAAGACACCCACAUUAAACCACCUCACGUUUGAAUUCAGUCAUGGCCGCUAGCAUUUGCUAAUGAACCAAAUCCAGAACAAGGCCAAAUUAGGAAGUGCAGUCUCCUUUUAAGAGUGUUUCCCAAACAAGCAUGUCGAGAGGCAUACCGCUCGCGUCAUUAGACCAUGUGUCGAUACUGAUUGGAUCAAAAGAAAAGCAGCACCCUCAAAUCAUCUUUCUUUAUUCAAAUCUUACCUUAACAUUAGAAUUAUAAUUAUCCCACAAUCCUGAUGAUGGAUCACUUCCUAUGAGAUAUUACCACCUACAGUUUGGCUAUUGAUUGGCUAAGCUAUUGAUGCGGCUUAUUAUGCUUCCCCAAUAAUAAUGCACUAAAUCACUGCACAAGUGUUGUCACUCAUUAUUAAACACAUUGAGGCAAAAAAUUACAGAUAGUAGCCUAGUAGCAAAAUAGAACUGAAUUGAAUGAACAUUAAAUGCAUUUCAGUAUAAUUGAAAUAGCCAUGUAACCUAUGUGUCUUUUAAAGCAGUCAUCUCGCUUUUCAUUUGAAACACAAUUGUAUCCUUGACUUGUUUGUAACAAAUACUUUGGUAACUUUGUAUUUGUAGUCAACUUCGUUUUGAAGUUAUCAGCAGUCACAGUCAGACAGAUAGAAUCCAGAUGUUUAGCAGGAGAUCUGUGAAUAACGUGACGCAGAAGGGCACUUUGGGCACGAGUGGUCUGCAAAAGGUUUUUAAGAGCCACAUUACUAACGAAGGCUCUGGCAAAACACCUCGGCUACUAAAGACACAUCGUCUAGAAAGUUCUAACGAUCUGAUCUGUCAAGAUGAAGGCUCUGGGAAACAAGGCUCUGCACAGUAAGUGUAUGUUUUAGUGUGUGUGUGUGUGUGCGGGAUAUAGCCUUAGUUAAUAUCACUGGAAGAACACAUGCCUCAAUAAUAAAAAAUUAAAAACUCUUUAACCUUGAAUGAAA